CAGCACUCAGCCGUGCCCGAGGUGGAGUCCUGGGGGUCAGCUCGCUGGGGCCAAACCCUGCGUGUCGCAACUCUUGAUAGCGCUGGUUAUAAAGGGGCCGCGGGGGCGGCAGCCGCAGGGGACAGCGCAGGAGACGGCGGCGAGUGGGCCAUCCCGGAGCUGCCACCAUGCGUUGGGCUCUGCUCUUCCUCCCGCUCCUCUUCCUCGCUCUUCCUGGCAGCGCCUUCCCCACCGUCCGUCCCAUGCCGGGAGCCGAUGAGCGGGCGGCUGCCCGGGCGCUGCUGGCGGAGCUGGCUGCGUUCAUCCCGCUGCAGGCGCAGCUGCCGCAUGGCAUCCCCUGCCAAGCCCUGCGCCCCGAAGCGCUGCCGGGUUUUGCCGAGCUCCCGCCGCCGCCUCGCGCCCUGGCACGCGCCGCCAUGGCCCUGGCGCUGAGCGGGGCAUCCUGCGCACCCCAAGCCGAGGCAGAGGUGCUGGCGUUGUCACAGGAGCUGGGUCCUGCCGCGGCCGCGGCGGUGCUGCAGGGGCUGGCGCGGCUGCGGGGUGCCCCGGCACCCCAGGCUCUGCCGUUGCUCCUCAGCCUGGCCCGAGGCUCUGCCGCGCCCCGGCGCUGCGUGGCACCCACCGGGCCCCCAGGCGCCGUGGCCGGCACCCACCCCCCCGCAGGCAGGGCGCCGAGUGCGGGGCUCCGGGUGCCGCUGGCGUGCCGGCGUGCCACACGGCGCCGGCGGGAGGGUGAAGACGUCUGCAACCCACCUGGCGAGCAGAAGGCACACGGAGUGCUGGCGUGGGUGCCGGCCGUCAGCACCUUCUACAACCUGGGCACCAGCAUCUACUACGCCUUCCAGGGCUGCGAGACCGUGGCUUCCACGCGGGCGUUGGAGGCGGCCGAGGAUCUGGGCUACGCCGGCCUGGCUGCCGUGGUCGGUGCCGUUGGUGGCCCCGUGGCCCUUGGGGUGCAUCUGGGGCUGCAGCCGGGGCUGAAGGCUGGCGUGCGGGCGCUCAUCGACUACUUCACCUCGGACGGGGACGCCCCACCAGCGCCCACCGCCUACCGCGGCCCCGUCCUCAUCGUUUGAAUAAAGACACCCUGGGCUGGCGCUGUG